AGCCAAAUGCAAUAAUGGACAAGAUAAAAGAGGGUCACUAAAGUUGGUGCUGAGGGACUUGGCUUAUUAAAUGCUGAUCAUCCCUCCAUUUCUUUUCAAAAUUCAAAUUGACCCUUCUAACCUUCUCACCCUUCUUUCUAACCAUUUCUCUGCAUUGUUUCGUUUUUAUUUCCAAUUCCUCAAUUGAAAGAAGCUAAGCAACUCAAAGUCAUGAGAGCAAUGGAAUGCUAAAGGGAGAUUUCAUGUGAUGUGAGGUGAGGAAACCACAGGAACUUGAAAAUGAGUACUGCAAGAUUCAUCAAGUGUGUUACUGUGGGAGAUGGAGCCGUGGGAAAAACCUGUAUGCUCAUCUCUUACACCAGCAACACGUUUCCCACGGACUAUGUGCCUACAGUGUUUGACAACUUCAGUGCAAAUGUGGUGGUUGAUGGAAGCACAAUUAACCUGGGAUUAUGGGACACUGCUGGACAGGAGGACUACAACAGGCUUAGGCCUUUGAGCUAUAGAGGAGCUGAUGUGUUUUUGCUGGCAUUUUCCCUCCUCAGUAGAGCCAGCUAUGAAAAUAUCUCUAAGAAGUGGAUUCCUGAGCUGAGACAUUAUGCCCCAACUGUGCCAAUUGUACUUGUGGGAACCAAACUUGACUUGAGGGAAGACAGGCAGUAUUUGAUUGAUCAUCCCGGAGCCACACCUAUAACUACUGUCCAGCAGGGAGAAGAGCUGAAGAAGGCGAUUGGUGCUGCUGUGUACAUAGAAUGCAGCUCAAAGACUCAGCAGAAUGUGAAGGCUGUGUUUGAUGCUGCAAUCAAGGUUGUUUUACAGCCACCAAAGCCAAAGAAAAAACGAAAGAAGAACAGAUCCUGCGUUUUCCUUUAAUCGGAGUACAUGUUUGAUUUGCAUCUGUAACAUUCGUGUAACCUUCUUCUAAGUUUUCCUUUCUCUCUUUCUGCAUUGACCUUUUGAAAUAUAUGUAUUCCACCCUCUACCCUCUUUCCGUUUUCUCAUAUAUUUUCUUGUUGGUGGAUCCAAAUGAUGAUCCAAUGCACUCUACAUAUACAAUUAAAGAUAAAUUUUGUGAUGAGAAAGUAUAAUAAUAGCAUUAAUCAUCACUGCUGCGCCGCUCAA